AUGGUAGAAAAAAAGAUCGUUACGCUUGGCAACGAGGCGCGUCAAGCAAUUGCUGAAGGCGCUCGAUUAUUGGCACAAAUUGUUUCGGUGACGUUGGGGCCAAAGGGUAGAACGGUUAUGCUUGGUCGAGGCCAAUCUGUUGUAACAACCAAAGAUGGUGUUUCUGUAGCAAAAGAGAUCGUUUUGAAAGAUCCUUUGCAAAAUGUUGGAGCUCAAUUGUUGAAGGAGGUUGCUUCUCAAACAGCCGACUUGGCUGGUGAUGGUACAACAACUGCUGUCGUUUUAGGUAAUGAGAUUUUACGUCUUGGAAUGAAGGCGGUUGUUUCUGGUGCAGAUAUUUCUUCUUUGAAGAGCGGCCUUGAGUUGGCAACAGAGCAUGUUUGCCGUGCUGUUCGUGAGAUGGGUGUCCAAGUUAAAACGAGUGAAAGAAUUGCACAAGUAGCAACUAUUUCAGCGAACAAUGACCCUGUUAUUGGCGCUAUCAUUGCCAAUGCUAUUCAAGAAGUUGGUAGAGAGGGUGUAAUUUCUAUUGGAGAGAGUAAAUCUCUUGAAACGAAAUUGGAAGUCGUUAAAGGAAUGCAAUUUUCCAAGGGAUACAUUUCUCCUUAUUUUGUGACUGACUUGGAAAAAUCGGUUUGUGAGUUUUCGGACGCUUUUCUUCUUCUUGUGGAGAAAAAAAUUUCUGGAGUGUCUGGCUUAGUUAAAUUUUUGGAGCGUUUUUCUGAAGACAAGGGAGGACGACCUCUUCUCAUAAUAGCUGAAGAUAUCGAAUCAGAAGCUAUAGCAAUGUUAGUCCUGAACAAGAUGAAAGGAGGCAUGCUUGUUUGUGCAGUGAAGGCACCUGAUUUUGGAGAUCGCAGAAAACAGAAAUUGGAAGAUCUGUCAAUUUUGACAGGAGCACAACUUAUUUCUUCUGAAUCUGGACUUUCUCUUGAGGAGGCUGACUUAUCUGUCUUAGGUAGAGCUGGCAAGAUUCGUGUUUCAAAAGAAGAUACAAUUGUAGUCGAUGGCCUAGGAGAUAAGGCUAGAGUUGAAGAGAGAUGCGAACAUAUUCGUUUUGCUCUUUCAAAGUCAGAUUCUUCUCAUGAGCGUGAAGUUUUGGCUGAGCGUUUAUCGAAAUUACAAGACGGUGUUGCUGUCAUCUAUGUUGGUGCGGCAACUGAAGCUGAGGCUCGUGAAAGAAAGGAUCGCAUUGAGGAUGCUUUGCAUGCAACACGUGCGGCGAUUGCCGAUGGAAUCGUUCCUGGUGGUGGUGUGGCUCUUUUGCGUUCUGUUCCUGUGCUCAAAAAAUUGGAGAAAGAUGUUUCUCCAGAAGUUGCUGUUGGUGUGCGUAUCAUUCGUCAGGCUUGCUUUGCUCCUGCAACACAAAUUGCAUCUAAUUGUGGGGAGAAUGGAUCUUUGAUUGCUGGAAAGAUUUCUGAGCAUGUUGAACCAAAUUGGGGAUACAACGGGUUGACGAACACGUUCGGAGACUUGCUUGAGUUAGCUGUUGUGGAUCCUGUAGCUGUUGUAGUUAUUGCUUUGAGUAAGGCCGUUUCUGUAGCUAGUUUGAUGCUAACAAGUGGUUGUGUCGUAACUGAAUCAGCAGAAAGUGAAGAAGAGGAGAUGGCUGAAACGGCCUAUUAA